AUGGGGGUAUCCUUAUGCGUUUCUCGCCAUGCGGCGCAGGUGGAUGCUUGCUUGCACGGCGCCUGCGUCGAGAAGCGAUGGUUGGUGCUUGAAACGCCUCAUCCCGAGGAGACGAUGGUAGCAGCUUGCCUGAUCUGCACUGGAACCACUCCCGGGAAGGGCAGCGUCGAGCUGUUGGCGGUGAAGCCUGCACUACAAGGCAGGGGGCUGGGGUCACAUUUGCUACGGCGGGCGGAGGGCAUUCUACUCAACUUCCGCUGCAGGUGGUUCGUCAGGAUGAGGGUGCCACAAUGGAGGGAGGACGUGCUCGGGUGGGCCGGUAAGCGGGGCUACAAGGAAACGGGAGGGGGUUUGUGGGGCGAGCUGGACAGGGAGAGCGCGGAGGACCUCACGAGACCGACGCGGUAUUUCAUGCUGACGCACGACCUCCUUACGGACAAGAAGGUUGCGGGUACCUUCGGCGAUGGGACGGCUCGAUACACCGCCGCCGCAGCUGCAGCAGCCGAGAGAGUCGCCUUGGGCGGUGCCCGUAGGCCUACCUCGAAUUCGACAUCAAGUGAGGCUUCGAAAGGACUGGACGGAAGCACUCGUAAAGCGAAGGAUGAAGAGGAUAGUGGGCGUCUUGCGGGCUUCCUGUCGAGCGUUUUGAAGGGUCUGGCCGAUGCGGAGGUGGAAGAUCAGGAGGGAAUCGACGCCAAGGGAUUUGCUACAGCACCCAUGGCGGACAUGGCCGUUGGAGUGGCAGCAGCAACACCGAGUUGCCCGUUUCUGCCGCCAGCACCCAGCGAUGAGACUGGAGCUUCGGAUGGGGCUACGUGCCAACCCUGUGUUGGUACCACCGCCAACAAUUCUAUCGCUGCCGCGGGCGAGCAUGGCUCCGUGCCUGCUUUGAGGGAUGACUUUGAGGUAGUUGAAUUGCCAAGUGUUGGAGGGGGGGAUGGUGAGGCUGUGGACCGUGAGGAGAGCGUUGAGGACCUGCUCAGCUCUCUCAUGCGCACUCUCAACACGGAACAAGGCAGGGCUGAUUUUAGGAGGCUAGCUGCCAUAGGAUCGACUUCCUGACGACGGAGAUGGAUUCUGCGAACUUCAACAUCUCACAUAGGCGUUUUUUGUAUCUGUUCUGGCCAGUUUCACUGAACCUUUUUGCUGUGAGGACUUAUACGCAUUCCUUGAGCCCGUGGCACGGUGGUACAUGUGGUGCC